AACUCCAUCCUUGCUGUCUUCUUAGGAGAUCAAAGGACAUGAGAAAUGGUACCGCAAUAACAGAGUUCAUCCUCCUAGGCUUCCCAGACAUCCAAGGCUUACAAGCCCUUCUCUUCAUAGUGAUCUUUCUCAUCUACAUAUUAACCCUUUCAGGCAAUGGACUCAUUAUUUUCAUUGUCUGGGUUGAGCCCAAGCUUCAAACUCCAAUGUACUUCUUCCUCUGCAACUUAGCCUUCCUAGAGAUCUGGUAUACCACCACUGUCAUCCCCAAACUCCUGGAAACCUUUGUGGUACCAAAAACAGUCAUCUGCACCGCCUGCUGCCUGCUGCAGGCUUUCUUCCACUUCUUCCUGGGCACCACUGAGUUCUUGAUUCUAGGCACCAUGUCCUUUGACCGCUACCUGGCCAUCUGCAAGCCCCUCCGUUACCCCACCAUUAUGACCAGCAAUCUCUGCAUGCAGCUGGCCCUCAGCUCCUGGCUAGCGGGCUUCACCAUCGUCUUCUGUCAGACAAUGCUGCUUGUACAGUUGCCGUUCUGUGGCAACAAUGUUAUCAACCAUUUCUACUGUGACGUGGGUCCCAUCCUGAAAGCUGCUUGUGCGGAUACCAGCAUUUUGGAAAUAUUGGGUCUCCUGGCAACCAUCCUUGUGAUCCCAGGAUCACUCCUCUUUACUGUCAUUUCUUACAUCUACAUCUUAUCCACCAUCCUACGGAUUCCUUCAGCCACUGGCCGCCAAAAGGCUUUCUCUACCUGUGCCUCUCACCUGACAGUUGUCUCUCUGCUCUACGGAGCCGUCUUGUUCAUGUACCUGAGACCCACAGCACACUCCUCCUCUAAGAUUAAUAAGGUGGUGUCCGUGCUAAAUACCAUCCUUACCCCCCUUCUUAACCCCUUUAUUUACACCAUUAGAAACAAGGAGGUGAAAGGGGCCCUAGGAAAAGCCAUGACUUGUCCAAAAGCUCAUCUUGCAAAGUGAAACCUGCAAUACAUCAAGAGGAGCCUAAUGCAGACUUUAAUACAAGGACUGACAGAGAG